AUGGCCAUGUUGAUUGGUUCACUACAACAACCUCAACAAUGGCUACUUAUUGUUCUGUCACUGGUUUUUGUUACUGCUGCUACAAGUUGCAACACCUCAAUCUUCAGCUUCGGAGAUUCUCUCACUGAUACAGGCAAUUUGAAUUUCAUUUCUGAACCACAAAGUCCGAAUUGUCUGCUCCAACCUUAUGGUGAAACCCAUUUUCAUCACCCUAAUGGACGGUGCUCUAAUGGCAGACUCAUCAUUGAUUUCAUAGCUGAGUAUUUGGGACUUCCGUAUGUGAAACCUUAUUUGGGUUUCAAAAAUGGUGAUGUGGAGGAAAGUGGGAAUGUUGAACAUGGAGUGAAUUUUGCGGUUGCUGGAGUAACUGCUUUGGGUAGGAGUUUCUUUGAAGAGAAAGGGUUUGUUGUUGGUGUGACUGCAAAUUACUCUCUCAUGGUUCAGAUAGAUGAGUUCAAGGAAAUGCUGCCUUCUAUCUGCAAUUCUAGUUCAAGAUGCAAAGAUGUUCUUGGAAGCUCCUUGUUUGUUGUGGGAGAGAUAGGCGGCAACGAUUAUGUUUUUCCAUUGUUUGCAAAAAACACAUAUGUGGAGCUUAUUGCUUACGCACCACGUAUAAUAUCUGUAAUCACUUCAGCAAUCAGGGAGUUGAUUGAUUUAGGUGCGGUAACAAUUUUGGUUCCCGGAAGUUUACCACUUGGAUGCAAUCCGGUCUUAUUAACAAUGUAUGCAACUACCGAUGAAGCGGAGUAUGACGAAUCUGGAUGUUUGAAAUGGUUAAACAUGUUAUUUGAAUACCAUAACGAGCUUCUUCAAAUCGAACUAAAUAAGCUUCGAGUGGUGUAUCCUUUUACUAACAUCAUCUAUGCAGAUUACUUCAAUGCUGCAUUGCAGAUUUACAAAUCUCCAAAACAAUUCGGGUUUGAUGGAAAUACUUUGAAACUAUGUUGCGGAGGUGGAGGUCCUUACAACUACAAUGAAACGGCCCUAUGUGGAAAUUCAGAGGUGACUCCAUGUGAUGAUCCUUCAAAAUAUGUUAGUUGGGAUGGAUAUCAUUUAACAGAGGCUGCAUAUAGAAUCAUGGCCAAGGCUUUAUUAGAAGAACCAUACACCAUCCCUAAACUUAGUGUCUCUUGUCUUAGAAGUAAAACCUCUAGAGUUUCAUUAGCUACACAAUGA